AUGUCCCCCCCCGCAGCCCCGCCGGGGGUGCCGGGCGGGCGCGGCUCUAAGGGGCCCCCGGCGCGAAAGCUGCUCUGUAUGUGCAGCCUCUCCCUCUGCCUCACCUACCUGUGCUAUAGCCUCAUGGGGGGCACCGGCCCCGCCGCGCUGCGCUCCCCCGCCGCGCUGCCCGGCACGGCGGCCCCGCGCCCCCCCGGGGCCCUCCCUGGCACGGCGGCCCCGCGCCCCGCCGCCAGCGCCAGUCCCAGCCCCGCCGCCCCGGCCCCCUCCGCGGCACCGACUCGGGCCUCCAACGGCAGCCGGGAAGGGGUGGCGGGCGCCUGGCCGCAGUCGCCGCUGGCCCCCGGGGAGGUGAUCACGGCGCAGAGUGGAGCCUUCGAGAGGGACCCGCAGGAGUCGAGCACCACGGACGAGGAGCUGAGCCGGGCCGGCAGCCUCGGCAGCCGCGGUGGCGGCGGCAGUACGACUCCGGACUACGGGGAGAAGCGGUUGCCGCAAGCCCUCAUCAUCGGGGUCAAGAAGGGGGGGACGCGGGCGCUGUUAGAGGCAAUUCGGGCGCACCCCGACGUGCGUGCCGUGGGCACCGAGCCCCACUUCUUCGACAGGAACUACGAGAAGGGGCUGGAGUGGUACAGGAAUGUGAUGCCCAAGACGCUGGAGGGCCAGAUCACCAUGGAGAAGACCCCCAGCUACUUUGUGACCAACGAGGCUCCCAAGCGCAUUCACUCCAUGGCCAAGGACACAAAGCUGAUCGUGGUGGUGAGGAACCCGGUCACUAGGGCCAUCUCUGACUACACGCAGACGCUCUCCAAGAAGCCAGAGAUCCCCACCUUUGAGGUGCUGGCCUUCAAGAACCGGACCCUGGGGCUGAUUGAUGCCUCCUGGAGCGCAAUCCGCAUCGGGAUCUAUGCCCUGCACCUCGAGAACUGGCUCCAGUACUUCCCCCUCUCCCAAAUCCUUUUUGUCAGUGGUGAGAGGCUCAUCACUGACCCAGCAGGGGAGAUGGCCAAAGUUCAGGACUUCUUAGGCCUCAAGAGGAUUGUGACAGAGAAACAUUUUUAUUUUAAUAAAACCAAGGGAUUCCCCUGUCUAAAGAAGCCAGAGGACAGCAGUGCUCCCCGCUGCUUGGGCAAGUCCAAGGGUCGAACUCACCCCAAAAUAGACCCAGAUGUCAUCCACAGACUGCGGAAGUUUUACAAACCCUUCAAUGUCAUGUUCUACCAAAUGACAGGCCAGGAUUUCCAGUGGGAGCAGGAGGAAAGUGAUAAGUAG